UGUUUGUCUAACUAGUUUUUGUUGCAUGUCAUAAGUUAAACUAUUGGGAGCUAAUAGGGGAAAAUAGUAUUUAAUAGUAUACAAUUCCUAUUUCACAGACGGAUGAAAAGACUCUAUUGCACAAGAAUCGACUACAAAAAUAUCCUUUAGAACUGAAAAUAGAUCUAUAACGUCUACAAUAUACACGUGCCAUGACCAUUGUAAUGUAUCCAGUUACACAAUGUGGUGCAUAUACACUGAUACACCAGACUGACAGAUACCCAUACAUGUCAAAUAAUACGCAGUAAUUAUGUGUAUUUCCGUGUCAGUUCAAGAUUUCAAUUGCUCCACAGGAUGCAUUAACCAGUUGAAGUACGCAAUUCACCUUCUCGCUUUAGAGAACCCUGAGUGGAAAGCACAGUGUCUUCAGUCAGAAAAUUAGCUAUUGAAAAUCACUACAGAAGGACUCCCUUUUAUGUAGAUUUUUCAUAAUUCGUGUAUGCGGAAGCCCACUAAGAUAUAAAAUUGCACUUGAAUAUAUGUAAGAAUUGCGAGAAGAAUAUCCGGGUACAACUUGCAAGAUCUUGGUGCUCAUCGUGAUCGUCCCUUUGAUUAUUAAUGGGGUUUACAGUGAAAAAGGAAAUUUUUUUGGUGAAUCUCAGAGUAAUUGCUCACGUUACAAACUCUUUGGCAAUUCAGAAACAAAUAGAUGGCAAAAAAAGCCGGAGAGGAAUUGGUGGCAGGAAAGUUUGGAAGCUUGUCAAAAUGGUUCUUUGGUAUGUUUGGAAACAAAGGCGGAGUGGAAAUUUGUAAAAGACAUGAUAAAGCAAAAUAAAGUAAUUUCAUCGGAAAUUGAAUGGUAUAUUGGUCUGAAAAAGGAAGGUAAUAAUUGGAAAUGGCUGAGUGGCCAUCCAUUGUCUUGGACAAAAUCAUCUGGAGAUUGGCCAUGGCACAUCAAUCAGCCAUCAUCAGACCGUGAUUUGGAAGUGUACGGGAAAAUGUGGGGCUCUAAGCUAUUGUACGAUGAUGUAACAGGCUGGGAAAGAAUUGGUUAUAUAUGUGAAUAUCGUAUUGAUUCCCCGCAAUGUCAAAACAAAGUGGCAAAGACAACAAAAGCAUCACGAGUCUUCAAGGAGACAACGACGACAACGACAGGAGGUAAAGGUGAACAAAAAGGCGAAUUUCAAAUCAAAUACAUCGCCAUUGCGCUGGUGGUGCUCCUGAUGUUCUCGAUCUGUAUGUUGGUAGCGAUUUACUGCUGGAAAAAUAAGAAGAAAGAUUCGGGUAAAGCUGGUGUUUCUGAAGAAGAUGGAAUUCAAUCUCCAACUACGACAGACGUUAGUGGUAUCAUAAAAAGCAACUCUUUCGUGGCGUUCAAAAUGGUCCACAAUAACUUGGCUAAUUCAAAACCAACCAGUGCUAAACCUGCCAAUGACUCCUCACCAACAGACGGUACCUAUGAAGCUGUUUGUCUUAAAAAUGAGGAAAUGAACUUAAAGGGAACCAUAGAUAGUAAUGUAACAUCUGAACCAGAGAAACAAAAUAUGAAUGAGGUCCCGGAAAGUCCCACAUCGCACCAUAACCAAAAUGUAGAAGUCGUCUACGCUUCAGUUGAUAAGUCAGCUAAGACGAAGAAA